AUGUCGCUGCUGGGGUGUGUGGUCGCAGCAGAUCUCUGGCGCGGCCUGGGGCCCGAGGUGUCGGCAGUUCUCGAGGUCCUCGAGGUGCAGCUCCACCUUCCGUUUGCGCACACCAGCUUAGGCUUCAAGUGCUUCGGAGCGAAGCGUUUCGACUUCUUCUUGACGCGAUUGACCAUCGGAUUCAGCGCGACAGGCGGCCACAGGUCGUGCGGGGUCGGCGCUUUUACCGCGAAGCUCGCUUGUCGCCAAGCGAAGAAGCGCCCCGCCGACAAUCUGGAGGCAGCGCCGAAGCCCGCCAAGGUGGCGAAGCAAGCGGGCAAGGCCAAGGCCCCGCAGCCUGCUGCGCAGAAGGCGGCUCCCGCGCCGUCGCCGACCAAGAAGGCGCUCGUCGUCGGCGUCGCGUACCCCGGGAAGAACAGGUUGAAAAACCCGGUCAAUGAUGCGGUCGACAUGGCAGCAGCGCUCAAACGCAUGGGCUUCACGGUUACCUCGCUCACCCACAGGGUCACCAUCGACAAGCUCAAGGACGGCGUCCACAGCUUCCACGACUCGCUUGAGCAAGGCGACACCGCUCUCUUCUUCUUCGCUGGCCAUGGCUGCGAGUGGUCGGGCCGUAACUGGCUCCUUCCGUCGUCAGUCCCAAAGGAGGAUCGGAACCUCGAGCACAUGGCUCAACGUGUCGACGCAGUUCUUGACGGCAUGCAGCAGAAAAAGCCGUUUCUUAGCGUGCUGCUGCUCGAUUGCUGCCGUGAUAUCCGCGAGAUGAGCCGCUCUGCCACUCGGAGCGGUGCUCAUGUGGGCCUCAUGGAGAUGAAAGCGCCGAAAGGGUCCAUCAUCGGGUUCGCGUGCGCGCCCGAUAAGACGGCCGACGACGGCACCGGCCGAAACGGCGUGUGGACGUCGCACCUUCUCAAGCACAUCGAGGAGCCGAAGCUUGACGUGCGCGACUUGCUCGUUCGAGUCGCGAAAGGUGUCGAGAAAGACACCAAGGACACGCAGUCCCCGUGGAAUACCGACAGCCUCCGCCUGGAGACCACAGAGAACGCCAGCCUCUACUGA